GGGCAAAAUAGUCUCUCCUCACAGACACAAUAAAGUUUAGUGCUGGACGCUUGCAGGCAGUAGGCGCAAAACCCCCGACCGCUGGAUCUCAUCCGUACGCUGCGCUUCUCCACACGGAGGUAUUAACGGGAAACAACGCACGAAGGACUGCGGGAUUUAUCCAAAUGUCUUUUUUGUUAACCUGCAGGGGCACACAUUAUUCUGUUUUUGACUACGCACACAUCUCGAAAUGAUUCACUUGUGCUUUCUGGAUAUUUUAAUCUACUAAACGGUUCGGAGUUGGAUACUGUCGCCUCCAAAACGCACGGACUACACGCGCCCCGGUCCUGUUGGACUACAAACACGCGUUGCUGUUUCCAGGGCGACCUUUUGUGUUUAAGGAGAUAUUGACUGUGCCAACAUUCACAGAGGAACAGCUGGUCAGUGUCGGAGUGCCCAUGCCCGGGAUGAUGGUGUCGCUCACCGGGGCAGUCUUGCUCCUCCUGUCCGGGCUGCUCGGUUCGCUCUGCGUUGUGCAGGGUUUCGGCGACGAGGUGGAGGAGAUGACCUGUGACCCGAUCCGGAUCAGCAUGUGCCAGGGUCUCGGUUACAACGUCACCAAGAUGCCCAAUCUGGUCGGCAACGUGCUGCAGUCGGACGCCGAGUUGCAGCUGACCACGUUUACACCGCUCAUACAGUACGGCUGCUCCAGCCAACUCAAGUUCUUCCUGUGCUCAGUCUAUGUGCCAAUGUGCACAGACAAGGUUCCCAUCCCUAUUGGUCCGUGCGGUAGCAUGUGUCUGUCUGUCAAGAGGAAAUGUCUCCCAGUGCUACACGAGUUUGGUUUCAUUUGGCCUGAGGUGCUCAACUGCAGCCUCUUCCCACCUCAGAACGACCACAAUCACAUGUGUAUGGAGGGUCCAGGGGAUGAGGACCCACCCUACUACCCGGUCCGUCAUCCUCCCCACCAAGAGGAGUGUCAGGCCUUGGGACCUGCGCCCGACCAAUAUACCUGGUUGAAACAGACCGAUAGCUGCGCUCUCCAGUGCGGCUACGACAGCGGGCUCUACAGACGGGGGGCCAAAGUCUUCACAGACGCUUGGAUGGCGGUAUGGGCUGUGCUGUGCUUCCUCUCAACUACCCUGACGGUCCUGACAUUUCUGCUGGAUUCACAGCGCUUCUCGUACCCCGAAAGGCCCAUCAUCUUCCUGUCCAUGUGCUGUAAUCUGUACAGUGUUGCCUACCUGGUACGGUUGACUCUGGGGAGGGAACGUGUUUCCUGUGACCUGGACGCAGCAGCAGUACCGAUUCUAGUACAAGAAGGGUUAAAGAGCACUGGAUGUGCCAUAGUCUUCCUCCUGCUCUAUUUCUUUGGCAUGGCCUCCUCACUCUGGUGGGUGAUCCUGACCCUGACAUGGUUCUUGGCUGCUGGACUGAAGUGGGGCCAUGAAGCCAUUGAAAUGCACAGCUCCUACUUCCAUAUAGCAGCCUGGGCUAUACCAGCUGUCAAAACCAUUGUCAUCCUCAUAAUGAGACUGGUGGAUGCAGAUGACUUGACUGGACUCUGUUAUGUUGGCAACCAGCAGCAGGAGGCGCUCACAGGCUUUGUGGUGGCACCGCUGGCUACAUACCUUCUCAUAGGAACGCUGUUUAUCUGUGCCGGUCUGGUAGCUCUUUUCAAGAUCCGCUCCAAUCUGCAGAAGGAUGGUGCCAAGACAGACAAGCUGGAACGUUUAAUGGUGAAGAUCGGAGUGUUUUCUGUUCUCUACACUGUUCCAGCAUCCACCGUCAUUGGCUGUUACCUCUACCAGCUCUCUCAUUGGGGGGAGUUCAAGGCCAGCACCCGAGACUCAUAUGUUGCAUCAGAGAUGCUUCGAAUCUUCAUGUCACUGCUUGUAGGCAUCACGUCGGGUAUGUGGAUCUGGUCAGCGAAGACCCUCCACACCUGGCAGCGCUGCUCUGCCCGCCUACUAAGGGACGGCAGGGCGAGCCGAGGGGGCAAGAGGGCACCGGGCGAGGGCUGGAUCAAACCAGGAAAAGGCAACGAGACAGUGGUGUGAGGAGAAAGAAAGAGAGGACCGACAGGAAUGGACUUCUACCUGCUUCAUUCUCUUUUACAGACUUACUCUUCCCGAAAGAAGGAUGGAGAGGACACAGAAUCAAUGUGACACAGAAACUUAGCAGGAGUUUCUCACAGAAACCACUGGAUGUAAAGGCAUCGUAAAAGCUCUCUGAGAGUCACUGAGCAUGUCUCACCCCAUCUAACUUAACUCUGUGCCUCUAACAGGGGUUGGCAUUGCCCUUUAAUGUUGGGGUUAAAGAUGAGAAAAGGGGAGGACUGAUUCGUACAUAAGUAGCAACAGUAGCCUCUCUACCUCUGUUAGACUUUCAUUGCCCAGAAAGACGGAGAAAGAAAAGAAUGAAGGAGAAAGAGAGACGGAACAGGCAGAAUCCAAGCAUCAAUAUGAAGACCAGACACACCAAUAAGCUGUGUAGCACCACGUCUACCUCUCUGUCUCUCUUUUCUCCAGAGCCCUCAGCAGAAGAGACUGAACCUGCUGGAUACAGUAAACCUUACACCAUUGUGUCUUUUUUUAGGGUUCUGAAUUUUACACUGGAGGGUCAUGGUGCAGAUAUUAUACAGAUGUAGGCUGACGUUUCCCAAAAGUAUCUGACACCUUGAGUCCCUGUGGGUUUUUAUAUCUAUGUGGGAAAAUUAAAAGACAAUGAUAUACCAGACCAAAAACAAUGAAAAUCUGAUGAAAACAUAUCAAAAAAGGCCUUAAAUCUGCAAUGUGUUUACAUUUGAACAACCUUAUUUUACAUUUUUUGUAAAUUAUACCUUUUGUACAAUAUAAAAGAGCAGCUGAUUUUAUUGCUCAGAAUUUUUUUGGGAAACCAGCUCUAAGCUGUAAUAAUGCACUAUAAUUAUAUACAAUAUGUGAAGUGUCUGUGCUUGUCACAAGUGCAUUACCAGGGACGGCAUUGGUGAAUGACGGUAAUAUAUGGUAAAUGAUUAUACAGUACAGAAAUAUGCACAGAGCCUCUAACAAGGCGAGUUUGGUCAGUUGUCAUUAUGAAGUUGCAGCACUGACACCAGAAUUUAGUGGUAUUGACUGUAAAAAUCUAGUAGUAUCCAGCGCAGGAUCAGCAUGGUGAAAUGUGCAACUUUGUUAAAGUCAGCUAAAUGAAAAGUACCUCCAAUGUGUCAAAAUCAAUACACAAUCACUGUUCUUACAAGUAUGUAGGCAGUCCGAGAAACAUGAUGAGAAAUUUACAUAUUAGUUGUUUGUGUACAUUCAAAGGACCAGUUUGACAUUUCAAGAAAUUUGCUUAUUCAAUUUCUUUCUGAGAGUUGGAUGAGAAGAUCAAUACUACUCUCAUGUCUACACCUUAAAUAUGAAGUACAAAAACUGAAGCGUAGAAACGGAACUAUUUCUUGGCCAUAUUUACCAUACAGACACAAUAAUGGUAUUGAUCUUCUCAUCUAAAUCUCUUUCAUCAAGAAAGAAAAUAAGUCUAUUUCCCAAAAUGUCAAAAGUCCUUGGUUGUUAGUCCUAUGAAGUCAUACCGCAAUGAAUUCUGGGGCUUUUAUUGACCCAUAAAUGUGGAAGCCUUAAGGCAUCUGGGAAAUGUAGGCCUGUGUGUUUUACCUCAGUAGUCCAUGAGAAGCUGAGCUAACUUUCUCCUUGGAAACCCUGUACUGUAUAUGCUCUCGAGUUACCAAGAAGUCCAGGAAAUUAAAUUAUUCCCUCUGCCCUCUUCCAAACAUUGGACCCAAGGCAGGUCAAAGAAUUAGAGGUUAUUAGACAAUCACUUGCCAAAAGACACAUUAUGCAAUAACAAAGACAUGCACAUAUGCAGGUACAUACAUAGGAGGAGUCCAGUUCCCACGAAUCUCACCCACCAGCUUGUCUAUGACCAUGUUAUGAUCACAAUCAGAGGGAAAAGAAACACCAAUAAUGAGAGAACAUAUCUAAUUUUUUUUGGCCUGUCUGCUUUUCUUUUCAGUCAGAUUAUGUGUCUGUUUAAGCGCAUCUCUCAGUUUCUUCUUAAAUCACUGGUGUGUCUGUCUACUUUCUACCUGCAUAUCUGUAUCGUCUGUCUUUAUGGUGCUUUCGCUGGCCACACUUCCCUUCCUGUUUCUCUUUAAGUCUGUCUACUGCAUCGUAGCUAAUGUGUCAGACAAUCAAAUCGUCCUUGGAGAACAUUUUUGUACAAUGCAUUUCAGAAUUUUCUCAUAGAAAUAAGAUUGC